CAGGGCCGCCGGUGCGCCGCAGCCGCAGCCGCAGCCGCAGCCUAGCCCCGAGUGAGGGAGGAAGAGCCGAGGCGGACGCGGGCCCCGGAGCCCCGCGGGCCGCCGCCCCCGCCGGCCGCACAGCAGGGAGGAUGCGGACGGCAGCGAGAGCGUGCGCGGCCACGUGACGGCCGCUAUAAGAGCGCAUGGGGCAGACGCUCCGCUCCCCGCCGUGCCUCCUCGCUGGCAGCGCUCCCUCCUGGUGCCGGCUUCUCUGAGCCACCAACCUGCGGCUACCCCGGCCGCCUGCGCCCCCGGCAGCACCAUGACAGAUCAGGCCUUUGUGACACUGACCACAAACGAUGCCUAUGCCAAAGGUGCCCUGGUCCUGGGCUCAUCUCUGAAACAGCACAGGACCACCAGGAGGCUGGUCGUGCUCGCUACUCCUCAGGUCUCAGACUCCAUGAGAAAAGUUUUAGAGACAGUCUUCGAUGAAGUCAUCAUGGUAGAUGUCUUGGACAGUGGCGAUUCUGCUCAUCUAACCUUAAUGAAGAGGCCAGAGUUGGGUGUCACACUGACAAAGCUCCACUGCUGGUCACUUACACAGUAUUCAAAAUGUGUAUUCAUGGAUGCAGAUACUCUGGUCCUAGCAAAUAUUGAUGAUCUUUUUGAGAGAGAAGAAUUGUCAGCAGCACCAGACCCAGGGUGGCCUGACUGCUUCAAUUCCGGAGUCUUCGUUUAUCAGCCUUCAGUUGAAACAUAUAAUCAGCUGUUGCGUCUUGCUUCUGAGCAAGGUAGUUUUGAUGGUGGGGACCAAGGCAUACUGAACACAUUUUUUAGUAGCUGGGCAACAAGAGAUAUCAGAAAACACCUGCCCUUUAUUUAUAACCUCAGCAGCAUCUCUAUAUACUCCUACCUCCCAGCAUUUAAAGUGUUUGGUGCAAGUGCCAAAGUUGUGCAUUUCCUGGGACGAGUCAAACCAUGGAAUUAUACUUAUGAUCCCAAAACAAAAAGUGUCAAAAGUGAGGCCCAUGAUCCGAACAUGACUCAUCCAGAGUUUCUCAUCCUGUGGUGGAACAUCUUUACCACCAACGUUUUACCUCUGCUUCAACAAUUUGGCCUUGUCAAAGACACCUGCUCAUAUGUAAAUGUGCUUUCAGACUUGGUCUAUACACUGGCUUUCUCUUGUGGCUUCUGUAGAAAGGAAGAUGUCUCAGGAGCCAUAUCACAUCUGUCCCUUGGGGAGAUCCCAGCUAUGGCACAGCCAUUUGUAUCCUCGGAAGAACGGAAGGAGCGAUGGGAACAGGGCCAGGCUGAUUAUAUGGGAGCAGAUUCCUUUGACAACAUCAAGAGGAAACUUGACACUUACCUCCAGUAGAAACACUGCAUUUUUCUGUGAACACAUUCACUUCACAAGCCUUGUUUCUGAUACUUAGUAUCUAGAGCUGGGUUGAAAAAAGUCUGUUACAGUUGCUAGAGGUUUUCAUUAAAACUUAUCAGAUGAGAGGUUUUUUUAGGAUAAGAGGUGAGAACUGGGCAAAAGUUGUGAAGCAGCAAUUCUGUUAUAUGGACAGUGUUCUGCUUUAAAAUCCUAUUUAGCUUGUUUCAGAAAUUCUUUUGUUGACUGCCAACAUACAAAGUAAGGAAAACUCAAUAUUAAGCUAUUAAGACAGCUGUAUCAAUUCUUAAAAUCUGCAGAGCCUGCUUCAAAGUCAGUCCCUCCCUUCAGAAGCAGACAUGGCAUCUGUUCCUUGCUUGCUUGUUGGUUGUGCCUACCUUUCACGAGACCUGAAUCUUAGAAUUGCCCAGUGCUGCCAGUGAGUGAGUGUAAUUCUGCUUUCAGGUAAAGAUAAGCUAUAUUAACACUGCUGAGUGAUUCAUAAACGUAUCAGCAAAUACCUUUAACCCAUUUUAUUUCCUGGUCUUAGUGUCUGAAGAUGCUCACCAGUUUUCUAUGUACAGUAAGGCAGCAUGCUAAAAUGCUUUUGUUCAGUUCUGUAUAUUUGAAAAUAGCAGCGUGUUCUCUGAUGGUUACCUGUGGUGGCACCCUGUACAAAAAAUAAAGACUUACUGCUGUA